AUGAACCGACCGAACCUUCACUAUGCAGUUGAAGAGCUUCCCAAUGAGGCUGGCCUCCUGAGACGCCUCCGAGAGCUCUUUGCUGCUGAGGGCUCUACAGAGAGCGCUGUGGCAGAGCGGAGAGCAAGGCUCGACUGGCCGGUGAAGAGUAGCAGCGUAGCAUGUUUUUUUUUGCGUUUCUUCAUUACCACCCAUGAGAUGUACAGUGGACAGCAGGGAAGCGGGAUGCUGAAAAUGUUGCAGCGCACCUUUCGCAAGGUCCUGAUCCUGAUUACCUUGAGCAGGACUGAGGCGACCUUAGGUGAUCGACUGUUUGAGAAUGCUUUGGUCUAUGCGAAUCGAAGCUUAUAUGGACCGUUCAUCCGUCAGAUGGUAAACGGGACAUUGCCCAGAGCUGCUUUCAAAUACUACUUGCACCAGGAUAAUCUCUACCUGAGCAAAUAUGCCCGCGCCUUCGGUGUCAUGGGCGCCAAAGCUUCCAAAACUGACGAGCUCGCAUGGCUUCUGAAUAAGUCAGUUGCGUUUCUGCAUGAACAUGGACGAGACAAAAACAAUGCCCUGGAUGAGGAAACCUUUGAGAAGGAUGCUUCUGCUACUACGGUGGCAUACACGUCUUUUUUCUCGGAAGCUGCAUGGAGCGAAGACAUGCUUCUGGCGUAUGCGUCAGUGUUGCCAUGCCAACGACUCUACGAUUGGCUUUUCUCAACCAUUCAUCGGCGUGAGCAUAUUUCUGAUGAAAAUCCAUACAAAGAAUUUAUCACACAGUAUGCAGAUCCAUCUAAUCACGUUGCUACCUUGAAGAUGGAGAGUUUUCUUGAGCGCUACGCUGCAGGCAUCACAAAAGAAUCCAUGGAACGAGCGCAAUUGCACUAUGACACGGCGAUGAGGUAUGAGGCACAAUUCUUUGAUCAGGCGCUCCACGCUUGCAAAUCUGGCGAAUGCACCAAACCGCAGCACGUCGAAUCGCAGCAAAUAUUUCUGCAGCCACAGCUUCUUGCAGCCAGAGAAGCCAGGGUACAGGUAGUGCAGUCGCUUGCUGAGAGUUCACUGCCAAGAGCAAUGAUUUGUGCUGCGCUAUUGCUUUGUGUGGCAUCAUGCACGGCGCUGCUGAUUCGUGCAAGACCAGUCACCUUCAACGAGCGCUUACUUUGA